CAUUCCACGGUAUCUAUGGUUCCACACCGAGCUUCUUCCGCGAGUGUCACUUUCGGCCGGUAGAUGCACCUAAUCCAGCUAACAUGCCGCCGGGCAAACCUUAUGUCAACCUACGCCGAUAGUACGCGUUCGUUGCUUUAAUUGAGGUACCCAUUGGUGAAUGCUCAAGUAUCACUCAUCGUGGAAGCUGAACGGAUUAGCGAUGUCAAUGAGACCCUCGUCCACUGAUGACUCUUUAUACGUGCAGCGUUUAAACACUACAGGAAACACCCUUCGCCGGCAACUGUUGAGCAACUAUCAGUUUUUGUCACGUCUCCUGGAGACGCCAUCCGCUUCCCGGUUGGAACAACAUAUCAAGGUGUUCACAGAUCUCUUGUGGGAUUCUCGACGCGUAGCUGGUACGAUGUGUGGCGUCAUUGACAACUGGCGCAACAUCCUCAUUUUCUCUCUAUGCUCAGAUUCAUCGAGUAACGAGAAACUCGAAUGCCUCCGGGAUGGCCGCGAUUCGGCCCAUGCCCGUCGAAUUGAAAGCAGUCAACAUCAUCAGUCCCUGCGAACAUUUGUACACGUCCUAAGAGAAUAUUCACGAGGCUUGAGGAAGAGUAUAAAUCACAGAAACUUACAGCAAAAGGAACAAAUGAGACAAUUGCGAUAUCGGAUAGAAGAACAUCUUCGGCAACAAGCCCGCUUUGCGACAAAUGGCGACCUUGUUUGGACCAUAUUACUUGGCAUUGCCGCAAGCGGGCUGGGAAUAUUCGCCUUCUUUCAUUAUUUCCAUAUUAUCAGCGCAAUCUCCUGCAGCAUUGUAUUCACCUGGGCCGUUCUCAAGUUUACUCUCAAUCGACUUAGCUCCCGUCAACUGAGAGCUGAACAACGUUUGCUCCUUCCUCGCGAGACGAACAGGAAACGCGAGCUAGAACGAGAACUAAACAGUCUCGUGUCUGACAACGCGAGACUAAUCAACCUUCCUGCAGAUAUGAAUGAGAUAGCUGAUGGCAUUGAGCGAUUCCGUCAAGAUUCCCAACUGCUGUUCCGCUUGUUCAUGAAGCUGGAAACGGAGCAUGACGAAUUCAUUCGCUUAGUCGAAAAGGAUGAUGUUCCGGCAAUGGAAGCGAAGAAAGCGUCAUUCAAGUACUUCUUGGAUAACAUAUCCGACCCUUUACGCGGAUAUGCGAGAUCCCCCGUAUCAUGACCUUCGUUGGCCCUUCGAUCGCACUAUGAACGAGGUACCUCGAAGGUCUGUUUACGGGUAUGGACGACACCUAUCCUGUUCUCUAAACAUCUCGUGUAUACGCUGAAGGUAGUUCAAUUCUCAUAUAUCUGUACUUUCCAGAAUCAACUUAUGUACGUAAAUGUAUUCCGCGCAAUACGUUGUCGUCUAAGAGAAUACCUGUGGUGGUAUGACAGUGUCUUCGAACUAUACGUAAUGCAUAGUACAAAGAAUUUUCAGGGCUCUGGUCAAUGACGAAUAAUGAUGUAAAGCGGUCAGUCAGUGCGCUCAAUAUACUGACUGACAUUCCAGGACAUAGUUCCAGGCAUAGCUC